GAAUAUGGCGAAGAUUCCAUCCAACUGCCAGAAGGUGAUCUUCUUUCUUCCUCUGCUCGUCAUUUUAUUGUUCGUUUCAUUUGCCUGGAGAAGGAGUGACAUCAUUCCAAACAUCCUAUAUUGUCAACAACCAAAGGCCGAUCAAAAACCAGCUGACCAACAAAACUUGACAGUCCCUACACUGAAGGAACCGAAGGAACCGAAGGAGCUCAUUGUGCUUAUUUGGGUCUGGCCUUUCGGAACCCACUUCCCAUUGGACACUUGCCUCCCGGUUCAUGGGAUUCCUGGUUGUAGGCUGACGGCAGACAGGAAUUUAUACAAUGUAGCUGAUGCUGUGGUCAUGCAUCAUGUAGAUAUCAUGUAUGACAAAAAGUCAUUGCCUCAGCAGCCACGACCUCAUCACCAACAUUGGGUCUGGUUCAACAUGGAGCCUCCGUUGAUUAUAAGAAACUUGCAUUUCCUAGAUAACCUUUUCAACAUGACUAUGACUUUCCGCCAGGAUUCCGAUAUCUACAGACCUUAUGGGAGGAUUCAAGCCCUGAAAGAGCCUCUAAACCUCACCAUUCCGGCCAAGUCCAAGCUGGUGUCUUGGGUAGUUAGCCAGUGGUACCCAGGUGCUCCUCGUAUAGCAUAUUACGAGGAGCUGAAGAAACACAUCCCUAUCGACGUCUACGGAAAAAGAAAUAUGAAGCUGAGUUGGGAUGACUUCUACAGCACUAUCUCUCAGUACAAAUUUUAUUUGGCCUUUGAGAACUCCAUCUAUAAGGACUACAUCACUGAGAAGUUAUGGUCCAACGCAUUUGGCUCCUGGGCUGUGCCAGUUGUGUUAGGAACAUCUCGGAAGAACUAUGAGCGCUUUGUUCCUGCGGAGGCCUUCAUUCACGUAGACGAUUUCUCCAGCCCCAAGGAACUGGCUGCCUACCUUCUUGAGUUGGACAAGGAUGACGAGAAAUACAGGAGAUACUUUAACUGGAGAGCCCAGUACCGCGUGUGGAUGGAAAGCGGGUGGGAUAGCAGCUACUGCAAAGUCUGCAGAGCAUUGAGGCAGGCUUCUGUCUACCAGACCAUCCCGAGUAUAGCCAACUGGUUCCUAGACGGGAAAUUCUAAAGGUUGGAGGUUUCUACACCCCUGUUAUUAGGGGUCACUGUCCCCAGCAGACAUAU